GCGUGCCGUCAAGAUGGCGGCACCAAGCGCCGUAUAUACGCGUCUCUCAUACGCGUGCGUUUAUUUUGCGUGUCGCGCAAUGUGAGCCCGUGACGAGCGAGGGAAGCGGCUACGUGAGAAUAUCGUAUUCGGUUUUCGGGCGCGUUUCGGCCGGACGUUUCCCCGCGACGUGCCGAUCAAAUGAGACGCGGCGAGCGACGCGGGGUCAACGACGAGUGCUUGCCGAGUGCGCGAACGAACGAUGAACUAUCUCAACAGUAUAGCAGGCGGCACGACCACCGCCGACUCGGGCCUGCAGCUAAACAACGUCGAGAUCCUCUACACCAGGGUGCAGAGGAUCUACGUCAAGCCGCAGCAUAAGGAGGAGCGCCAGCGGGAUCUCCGUGUCAACGUCGAGAUUCACGCUGGCAUCAGCCCGGUUUGCCGCAAGAGUUUGUGCGUUUUGCUGGCUGACGACGACGAUUCGUGUUUUCUCUAUUCCCUGUUCAUCACCGAGGAUGACUUUAAGGUGCUGAAAGCGCAGCAGGGACUGCUAGUUGAUUUCGAUAACUUCGCCACUCAGUUGAUAUGCCUGUUGGAGCAAUGUCACGUUCCGGGAACGAGUCAACUGUCAAAGACACCUCCAAAGUUUCUCCUACUGUUGGCGGAGGAGUCUGGGGAAUGGAACUUCAAGCUCGUAGAGACGAAUAAUUUCAAGCAUCUCUGCCACCUGAGUUUAAAUAUAUCACCUGCAAGUGAUUCGGAUCUGAAGACACACAUGGCGAUGAAGAUUAAGCAGCUGAAGGAAAGCGUUUCGCAGCAGAGUAGGGAUGCGAUCGGUUUGGAAACUAGAUUAAACGAUUUGACGGGCAAGCUGGAGACAAAAACAAGAGAAUUGGAACAAUUGGAGCAAAAGUAUCUGACUGAGAAGAACCAGAUACAAUUUAAUUCAUCGCAGCAAAUUAGCAUAGAGAAAGACAGAUUAUCACAAGCACGACUAGAAUGGCAACGGCAAAGUGAAAAAGAAAAGAUGGAAAUUGAACAGAGGCACGCCGAAACCGUGAAACAAUUGCACACGGAACUUGCCGAAAUACGAACGCAGAACAUGACGUAUAAGGAUAAACAAUCCUUUUUAGAAGCUACAAACACAGAGCAAGUGAAACAGUUGCAGAAUCUCGAGAAAGAACUUAAUAUCGCCGAGCGAGAUGUGGCACUACUCAAGAAGCAAAAUUCGAAAUUAGAUAUUGAUUACCAUGACAGAGAUCAAGCUGUUAACAGCUUGCGUACAAAGGUAGCUGUGCUUGAACAGGAAUUAAAAGAUAAAACGGUGUUUAUUAACAAGCACAUGGAAACGCUGAAUUCGAGUAAGGAACAAAAGCAGCAUUUAGAGGAUCUCUUAAAGGAGAGAGACAGCCAGUUGCAACGCAAGCAAAAUUCCUUGAGGAGCUUAAGUGACGAGUUAGUAAAAGCCAAUGAGAUCAUAACUAAAUUGCAAAAUGAGCUUGCAUCGACCAAGUCCAAAUUAAAAUUAAGGACGAGCAUAGCGCUCGAACAGGAACGAUUGUUGGACAGCAAGCAGAAGGAAAUCGGCCAAUUGGAGACCAAAAUGGAGAGUGUUGUCAAAGAUGCGAAAGAUGCUAAAAAUGAAGUGGACAAUCUGAAAGAACAGAUAAAAACGUUGCAACAUCAAUUGGAGGAAAAAGAAAAGAUCAUAAAGAAUAACGAUAAUGUAAUUAGUUGGCUGAAUCGGAGAUUGGCGGACAAUCAGUCGCCGUUACAGAGCGCCACCACUCCAGCCCCAGUCACGAUAUCGUCCUCCGUUCCACUGACGUUACCCAGGACAAAUAAAUUAUUUCCCAACCGAUACGAGACACGCACGCCUGCGCCCAGCACGAUACAGCCCAGUGCAUUGUCGGGCUUACCGAUGAAGAAUCCGAUCGUGCAAAAUCCGAACAUCAAUCAGACCACCCGCACGACAGCUCGGUCGAUGGGUGUCGGCGUGACGGAGAGUUCGGUAGGAUUGACCACCUUCAAUAAGAGCGCCCUGAUCUCGAGCACCAGCACGCCUAUGGAGCGUUUCAACUCGCUGAACAAGAUAUCGGGAAAUCCAGCCGCCUCGGCCUCGGCGCCGGCGAUAAUCGAGAAUAACAAUGGUCCGGCGGUGAUCUCGAACGGUACGAAAGCGAAGACCGCGAGCGUCGGCUUGCAGGGCGGAUUGAGACGAGCAGGUUUGUCAGACAAACCUAUUUUACCCUCGGCAUAUUUUCCCAAGACCUUGCAUUAAUCACAAUCUACGCUCGGGAGGAAUUAUCAGUAUAGAAAUUGGUGAGUUAAACUCGUGUCAGAAUAUUUUAAGAAUCAAAAAAACGUAGGAACGACAAAACUGCAAUGUUGUCAUUGACGUGACGAUAUUUCAAGUUUGCCGUCUCGGAGAUAGUACAAAUAUUUGUAAGAAUGAUUAGUAUUAUUUACAAGACACUUUUUACCAGAUAAAAAUUUUUUAGACUAUUUUUAAUCCUACACGUUGGCACCUUUUUAUAUGAAUUAUAAAAUUGAUAUUCGGCUAUUCGUCAAUGUAAUCAUCGUCCAUCAAUGUAGGAUUAAUAAUAAUUUAUAAUUAUUUGUAUAUAUCAUACUAACAUACUCCGAUCUCGUUCACUACGAUAUGAAAUACGUAUAUAUUGGUAAGAAAAUUCCAUUCAUUACAGUAUACUUUUGUAUUAACUCUAAAUUAGUUUCAAUGUUAUUAGUAUAAUUUUAUAAUAAAGACUACUUUUAAUAUAUAUAAAUACUACUUGACAAAGUACACUCCAGUGAAAUUGAUAUUUAUAGUGAAACUAUAAUAUAUAAUAUAUGCGUAUUAAAUCAAGAAUGCAAUUUAUAAUCUUAACUAUGUUGAAACAGUUUUUUUUUUCAAUAAUUCUAAAUUAAAAUGUUUUUAAUGUGGUUGCAAAUUUUAAAGACGUAUGCCAAAUACUGUACAAUACAAAGAAAAUGUAUUUUUUAUAACCAACAAAUUCGAAAGAGAGUAAUUUUAAGAUUAACAUUGCACAAUUUACCAAUUUAUCACAACCACGAUUUAACUAUCAUGCAAUUGUUCAUUAAUACUUUCACCACUAAUUAAUAUUUUCAUUAGUUGUUAGAUUCGUAAUUAUUACAUUUAAAGCAUAUUAAUCACAUAGGUACCUGGAAAAUAAUUUUAUCUUUGUGGAUUUUAUGUAAUAACUGUAUAAAUAUUUUUAUAUAUAAAUGAAAAUGUGAAAAGAAAAAAUAUAUAUACAUAUAGAUAGCUCUCUAAUUUUACAACUUAGGACCAUAACAAAUGAAGUAAGGCCAUUUAACACAGAUAAUAGAAUGUGCCUCACAGAAUAGAUUAGAAAAAUUCUAUUAUAUUUAUACACAUAUGAUUUAUAUAUUGUAUAUCUAUUAUAAAAAUUACUGGAGAAAAAGAAAGAGAAAUCAUUUGUUAGUUGCAAUAUUGUAUGAACGUAAAAUUUUUGUAUAUUCAAAAUAUGUUUUCAAUGUGCCACACAAGGUACAGACGUAUCAAUUAAAUUCAAUCUUAUAAAGCAUGUCAAUUUAUUAAAUUACAUAAAUAGAGCAACAGUAUUAAAUAUAAUAAAUAGCGAUAAGAUGGUCAAUAAAUGAUUUCAUAUAUUUUACUACUUUUGUACAUAGAAUUAUAAUAAAUGUCUCUAUUAUGUAA